GGGGCCAUCGAAGAAGAAUUAAGCGAUUGGCGCGGUGAUGCUGGAGGUGUCAGUUACUAAGCUAGGGUAGGAUAGUGGAAUCACACCAGCUAAACCUUGCCGGGAGGCGCACGGUCGCCCACUGGAGGUCGACUUGCAGGCGCUUCCCAUCUCGCCGAGCUCCCUCCGUUCUUUUCUUCCUCUGCUGAGAGGCCAGGUUGCGGCGCGCAGCUCAGCGCAGCGCACCGACUGCCGCGGGCUCCGCUGGGCGAUUGCAGCCGAGUCCGUUUCUCGUCUAGCUGCCGCCGCGGCGACCGCUGCUUGAUCUUCCUCCCGGACGCUAGUGGGUUGUCAUCUAAUACCUGCGAGCAUAGGCCAACGAACACCAUUCUUCCAAAUUUAACUGUAAUGAAUCCAACCUCUUAAUUUCUCAGUUCUCAAUUUGAACCUGUGGUUGCUUAAACCUGAAGCAAUCAUGGUGAACCUGAGCAACGUGGUGCGCUCGUUCCUUGUGCACCUAAUUGGCCUAUUGGUUUGGCAAUUCGAUAUUUCUAUAAGUCCAGUAGCUGCUCUAGUAACUGACAUUUUCAAUACCUCCGAUGGUGGACGCUUACUUAAUUUCCCGGACGGGGUACAAAACUGGCCAGCACUUUCAAUCGUCGUAAUCAUUAUCAUGACAAUAGGUGGCAAUAUUCUCGUUAUCAUGGCAGUAAGCAUGGAGAAGAAACUGCACAAUGCCACCAAUUACUUCUUAAUGUCCCUAGCCAUUGCUGAUAUGCUGGUGGGACUACUUGUCAUGCCCAUAUCUCUGCUUGCAAUUCUUUAUGAUUAUGUCUGGCCAUUACCUAGAUAUUUGUGCCCCGUCUGGAUUUCUUUAGAUGUUUUAUUUUCUACUGCGUCCAUCAUGCACCUCUGCGCUAUAUCGCUGGAUCGGUAUGUAGCAAUACGUAAUCCUAUUGAGCAUAGCCGGUUCAAUUCGCGGACUAAGGCCAUCAUGAAGAUUGCUAUUGUUUGGGCAAUUUCGAUAGGUGUUUCAGUCCCUAUCCCAGUGAUUGGACUGAGGGAUGAAGAGAAAGUGUUCGUGAACAAUACCACGUGCGUGCUCAACGACCCAAACUUCGUUCUUAUCGGAUCCUUCGUGGCUUUCUUCAUCCCACUGACGAUCAUGGUGAUCACCUACUUCCUGACGAUCUACGUACUGCGCCGUCAAGCUUUGAUGUUACUCCGAGGUCACACCGAGGAGGACCUGCAUAAAAUCAGCCUGAAUUUUCUGAAGUGCUGCAAGAGGAAUGCCGAUGAAGAGAGUCCUGCGAAUCCCACUCAAGAUCAAAACCCACGUCCAAAGAAGAAGAAAGAAAAACGUCCUAGGGGCACCAUGCAGGCAAUCAACAACGAAAAGAAAGCUUCCAAAGUCCUUGGCAUUGUAUUCUUUGUGUUUCUGAUCAUGUGGUGCCCCUUUUUCAUUACCAAUAUCCUGUCUGUUCUUUGUGGGAAGGCUUGUAACCAAAAGCUGAUGGAGAAGCUUCUGAAUGUGUUUGUUUGGAUCGGCUAUGUUUGUUCAGGAAUCAAUCCUUUGGUGUAUACUCUCUUCAACAAAAUUUACCGAAGAGCUUUCUCCAACUAUUUGCGUUGCAAUUACAAGGCACAGAAAAAGCCUCCUGUCAGACAGAUCCCUAGAGUUGCUGCCACUGCUUUGUCUGGGAGGGAGCUCAAUGUUAAUAUGUAUCGGCAUAGUAAUGAACCUGCUAUUAGAAAAGCUAAUGAUGCUGAGCCUGGCAUAGAGAUGCAAGUGGAGAAUUUAGAGCUGCCAGUCAAUCCCUCCAAUGUGGUCAGUGAAAGGAUUAGCAGUGUGUAAGCAAGAGCAGCACAGCCUUCCUACAGGGAAGCUACAGAUGUAGGAAUAUUUUCUCUUUUGAUUAUCCUUUGGGUCAUACAUAACUAAUGUAAAUACUAAUGUGUGACAAAACGGUGUUUUUAUAUAUAGCUUUGCAACCCUGUACUUACAAUCACGCAUUAAUAGUGAGAUUUAGGGUUCCAUAUUUACUGUUUAUAAUAGAUGGAGACUGAGUUAUUUUGAUUUCUUGAUGAAUAGUGUUUGUGUUUUUCUUUCCCUUCCUUCCUUGUUCCUUUCCUUCCUUACUCCUUCUUUCCUUUCUUCCUUCCUGUCUCUGUUUCUUUUAAGAAUGUAAAAAUGUUAAUGUUCAUCUCAGGUGGCAUUUGCAGGAGACCAGAGUGAUGUACAUGACCAUGGUGAUAUUUCACACUACACCCAAAUUGACAGAUUCAAUGGUAUCUUUUCCGGGUUAACAGUAAAUAAGGACUUUAAAUUCUCUGUCUGCUCAUCUACACAAGUAAAUACAGUAACAUAGGUUCUGCCUUGUGAAAAAAAAAGUUCAUCAGUGAAUCAAAGGCUGAACUAAGCCUUCUCUUUACAUAUCGACGCAAAAUUUGACAUUGUCAGAAUGUUGUGUCAGUAUUUCUGCUGCAAUGUCUGUCCCCGAACAUAGUGGUAUUUUAACAUAGCAGCUGGUUAACCGGGACUACAGAAGUGGAAGGAUAAUAAAGAGAUACAUGUACCAAACAGCUUUUCACUUCUUAAGGACAAUGUUCAAAUUCUGAUUACUCCAACAAGCAAACUGGAAUUAGUGUUGUCAUUCUGGUCCUUAGUAAAUACCUAAUUCCACAACUGAACUGGGAAAUGAGAUUCCAGAGUUAUUUCCCAUUCCAGGAUUCAACAUCAAUUGGGUUUUGAUCUCGGAAUUCUGGAAAUUCGUGUGCUACACACAAAGUAAAAUUUGCAUUUUGAGCCUUAUUAAAAUAUUUUCUUAAUUAUGGUACCUCUAUCUAUAGGACCCAAUUUAGCAGUCCAUGUUUAAGUAAAACUAGUGUGAGAAAGGUAGAUAACAAAAGCCUUGGGAGUUUUACUUGAUUAAGGACUACCGAAUUAGGCCCUUAGAAUGUGAAAAAAGAAAUUAAAAAGACGCUUUUACUGAACUCUGGGAAGAAGAGAAAUACGGAGUUUCCAUUUGGAUUAAAAAAAAAAAUAUCUCAUUUUCAGAUCCUUCCAAACUCUCUAGUGCGGGAAAAAGCUGCAGCUAAUUGUGAACGUGGCAAGCUCUCCAUUGUGCUGCAAUUAUGUACCAGAAAUUUAAAUCUUUGUUAAAAUAUAGUGUUGUGUUACAAUAAGUGUUGGCCAUCAUUUCAUUCCUGGGCCUGCUGCUCUCUAAGAAUUAAGUAUCAUUUUAAUAGUUUGUAAACCAUGAAAGGUUUGCAAACAUUGCUAAAGUCAGACCAUUAAAUCUAUGCUGUGUGCAGAGUAUACAAGUGUUCCCAGUAACUAUGUUUCCAUGUGUGUCCAUUUCGCACAACUGUGGCUAAAGUUCUGAAGAAUUCAUGAUGCUAUUUCUAUGCCUGACAGUUACUUGCACACCUUGGAGUGUGCCUCUUAGUAUCUUAAAAUUGGUGAAUGCAGAAUCUGAAUUUCUAAAGCUCCUGGAGUGUGUUCUCAACAUACAGCAUAGAUAAAUCCAACAGUCUGCCACAGGGGCAGUGGGAGGGCAGCUGUAUUUGAGGAAACUCAAACAGUCUCUAUUCAAUCUACAACACUGCCAAAUGUCAGUCAAUUGCUUGAGCAUGCCCAACCAUAAUAUGAAAGUGAAGUCUACCUGCCUGUUAGGUCAGUUGAACUGCAUGUUAAAACAAUUACCUGAAAUUGAAUAAUAUGAUCCAAUUCCUACUGAAAUGAAGAUGUCCAAAGAAACACAGCAUGCAUUUUGCAUGAAUUCUGCACUUACAGAUGGUGCUGUGCAUGUACGCCAAGUAUGUUGCAUGAAUCCACUGAUCCGUAUUAAUGUAUGGCAGAGUAGGCGAUAUAAAAAGCCUGGAGAAAAACCCUUCAGCAGUCCCUAAAGGGCAUUCAGAUCUGAAGUUUUGUAUUAGAGAAAAUUGGAAACAUCUGAUUUCUUUCUUAACUAUCAGGGCAAGCUCAUAGCACAUGUUUUACAGAGAAAGUAUAAACCACGGAUUUCCAAAAGCAGUAGCAAUAAGUUGAAUGAUAAUAGCUUAUAGCACAUUCGUUAAGAAUUCUUACAUCAUCAAGUAGUAGUACUUCAUAGUACCCAACACAGUAAUUAUCCUCAACUUGUGUGCUAUUUGUAAGUUCUGUGCAGUUUGGUAUGAAACAAAUAUAUUCAUUUGGAUAUAAAUCUUACAGUUCAAUGUAAAAUCU